AUGAAAAAUCUCAACCUUGGGCCAAACGUUCCUAAAUCAUUCAGCACUUUCCCCACCGUUGCUAUCAACUAUAACACAAUCUCCCAGUUUCAUCGUGACUUAAAAGAUCAUCGAAAUACUCUUUGUGUGGUCUGCCCUCUCGGUAUAUUUGAAGGAGGGGAGUUAACUUUUCCCGAAUUAAAAUUGGUCAUCCAUGCUAAGCAAGGUCAUGGAAUAGCUUUUCGAUCUAACCUUUUAAUUCACGGAAACCUUCCGAUCAUCAUGGGGUCUCGACAUAGUGUUGUCUUCUACGUACACAGCACGGUCAUUAAACAAAACCGGAGAUUUGGUUCUCUUUUUGCUGAUUGCGAGUUAGAUAUAAAUCGUAAUGAUGAUUAUGUAUGCGAACCACCACAAAAAUACGUCCCUCCUACAUUAGGUCCGUCAACGAAAUUAAAGAACCAUAGGCGAACUUACAUCG